GAUGAAUGAAAGCAAUAGAUAUAACUCUGAAGCUUGCAAGAACCUAUGGGUGGAUUCAGAAGUACCUACUCGAACGACUGAGCAAAGGAUUGAGAGGACAUCAAAGCUGCCUGUGAAGAGAAAGUUGGACUCUUUACCUGCUCCAAUUAGGGUACCAUUCCAUGAAAGUAGCAGAGAUGAAGGAAUAGCUAGUGAUGAUUUUGGUGAUAUAUUCAUUGAAUUACCUCCACUCAACAACUUUGUGAAUGUUGCAAAUGAUGAUAAUACAUCACAGUUUUAUGAAGGUAUUCAAUUUGAGCAAAUUGUUGAUGGGCUAGAUGGAUAUGAUCUGAAUGAAUCAGAUGAUCCUAAUGAAUCAGAUGAGGAAUUAGAUCAUUGUAGUUCUGAUACAGAAGAAGGGAGUGAUACAGAUGAAGUUCAAGGCACAAGAAAUGGGGAGGAUAUAGGUGAGGUGUUGAAUGGUAUGCCACACAAAGACUAUGACUGCAAUGAGCAAACAUUUACUUGCUCAGAUUCUGUGAAAUGGGAAGACAAAUUAGAGUUGGCAAUAGGAAAACAAUGGCUGACUAUGGAUGCAUGCAGAAAAUACAUCAGAAUGUAUGCCAUCAAGAAUAAAUUUGAGAUUUAUUUUCAGAAGAAUUGUGCUGAUAAGCUGAUAUUGAGGUGUAAAGGGGAAAGAUGCCCUUGGAGGUGUUAUGUUAUUAGAAAAAAUGAUGGGCACACGACUGAACUGAAAUCUCUCCAAGAAGAACAUACCUGUGAGAAUGAUGGCAGGAACAAGAAUAGAGGAGCAAAUGCUAGAUGGAUUGCUAGUAUGCUGGCUCAGGACAUGAGGCUGCACCAUAAGAGUUACAC